CCAUCUUGCGGCGGGCGGCCCCGGGGCGGCGGCGCGGCGCUGGGCGGGAAGGGCCCGCGCGGCUCCCGUCGGCUCCGGCGAGGGGAAGUAUUUUCUACUGAUCACACACCAGGACAAGAGGCGUAUUUGUGUUCUGUCAGACUAAGAUCAUCCACAGAAAAUCCCUUGUAGGGUGCCUGGAAAAACCUGCCAUAGGGCUAUUAAGACUGAUGAGAGAUCUUUUAUGCCAAGAUCGUCGGUAUUUAAACAGACCACAUCAUGCGUGAGUACAAGCUAGUAGUCCUUGGUUCAGGAGGUGUGGGGAAGUCUGCUUUGAGAUCUGGCAUAGGCUGCUUUCUGAAAGUCUGAAAAUACCUGUGUGCCAUAUCUGAACCCUGUUGCAGAAAAAUCUCAGCUUUCUGCCUGAACAAAAUAUGACUUCUCCAACCAGCUGUUUUUGUAGUGCUGGAGGGAUCUUGUACAGCUGCAAAUAAGAAGAAAGACCUAAGAAAGACAUGUUCCUCCUGUUCAUGAGGAGAAGACUGUACAGUUUGUUCAGGGAAUUUUUGUUGAAAAAUAUGACCCAACAAUAGAAGAUUCAUACAGAAAGCAAGUGGAAGUAGACUGUCAACAGUGUAUGCUUGAAAUUCUCGACACAGCAGGGACAGAGCAAUUUACAGCAAUGAGGGAUCUCUAUAUGAAGAAUGGUCAAGGGUUUGCACUAGUAUAUUCUAUUACAGCACAAUCCACAUUUAAUGACUUACAGGACCUGCGGGAGCAGAUUUUACGGGUUAAGGACACUGAAGAUGUUCCAAUGAUUCUGGUUGGCAAUAAAUGUGACCUGGAAGAAGAACGCGUAGUCGGCAAAGAACAGGGUCAAAAUUUAGCAAGACAGUGGUGUAACUGUGCCUUUCUAGAAUCAUCUGCAAAAUCUAAAAUCAAUGUUAAUGAGAUCUUUUAUGACUUGGUCAGACAGAUAAAUAGAAAAACACCAGUGGAAAAGAAGAAGCCUAAAAAGAAAUCAUGUCUGCUGCUUUAGACUCCAUCAUGCAGCAGCUCUGAGCCAGAUUGCAGGAAUGAAGAACUGUUGCUUAAGUGGAAAGUGCCAGCAUUCCAGACUUCAGAACCUUACAGGAAGUUGACAACAUAUCUGAAGAAGCUUCUCCUGUUUUUUAUAUACUAUGAGAAGAAUUUAGAUCUUGAAAUGGUUUGCACACAGUCCCAGAAAAAGAAAUUGCUCUCUGUAUAUCUCUUGGAAAUUUAAGACAAUAGUAUUUCUCCUUUGCAAUAGCAAUUAACAGAUGUGAAAAUAAAUAUAAUUGACUCUAGUGUAUGAUUAUACAAAGGAGCAUGGAUAUGUUUCAAAUGUUAGGUAUUGCUACUAUAAUUAAAAUUUCAUAUUGACCUUUUUAAUAUAAUUUCUCCCCAUCAAGCACUAAAAAUGUUCCACCAUUAUAUUUUAUAUCUAUAACUACAUAGAUAUAUAUAUUAUCUGAAAUUUCCCUUUGAACUCACUGCAACAAAUAACAUUUUUGAGUCAUUGACUUCAUUUUAUAUUUAAAAGUUAUGGAAUAUCAUUAUUUCAUUCUGCCAUUAUAUUCUAAUCGAAAAUGUUUGUGCAUAACGCUUUGGAAAAAUGGGUCUUUUAUAGGAAAAACUGGGGUAACUGAUUUCUAUGGCUUUAAAAGCAAAAAUAUAUAAUAUACUAAACCAACUCUAAUAUUGCUUUUUGUGUUUUACUGUCACAGAUUAAAUUACAGCUUUUAUGAAUGAUUAAAUUUUAGUACAUUUUCAUUUUGUUUCUGUGGUUUUUGUUACGGUUUCCAGGCUUUGGUUUUUAUAAACAUUUUGUGAAUUUCUCUUCCAUUCUGGUAGAUAGGAUGUUGUUGUAACAAAUACCAACAGUAUAUCAUUAUGCCAGUGAGAUGUCUUUGCACACCCUCCUUGUUGGAGGUACUUAAUCCAACUAAAGUGCAGAAGGCUACCUUUAGUUUUGUAUAUUCUUUUGAAUGUUUAAAGAUUGUAUUCUGCUGAAUUACUUCCUCUGUACAAGUAUUUUUAUAUGUACAAAAUUGUUUUAAUAUUGUAUCAAGGUCUGACUUCUAUGAUCUUCAGUUUCAUGCUGUUACAUACUUUGGUGGCAGAACCCUUGUUUUACCAAUAGUGUUCUGCAGGGCAGGAGUCCAAGAGUGAUACGUUACCAUCAGCAUCUCAAAAUGAAAUUGUGGUUUUGAAAGUUGGUCUGAGUAAAUACAAUUUCAACAAAGCAAAACAGCUUUGCAUCUGGCUAAAAUUAUCUGAUUUACACAGUGAGCCAAAAGAGCUUUUUCUUUUAAUUUUGGGUGUUGUUCAAUUCCCCCCCUGCCUUUUUUUUCCCUUUAAUUCAUAGAAUUCAGAGAUCAGAGUGUGAAAGAGGCCUAUAGGUGGUACACAAGUAAAACAACCACCAUUUUCAGGACCUGUUUGGCCCAAAUUACAUCUUCAGUUUGACACUGAUGAAAUUGCGUCAGUACUGGAGAACUUGCUCCUGCUUCUCUUCAGAGUAAGUGAGAAAAAGUGUAUCUUCACAGUGGAGAAAACUCAGGAUGGGCUUUGUCCUGGACGUCCUGAAUCGGUUGUAUAGUUUUAUUGGAAACCAGAUGUAAGAAAUUUCUCUAAAUGUUUUUUCUAAAGUUGUGUUACUGAUGCAGCUGUUGAAUUAUACAUGAGAUCUCAGUUUCUAAAUGCAGCCCAGAGAAGACUGGAUUGAAAAUAUUUGGAUGACAAUGUGAAGACAUCUGCCUACCUACGAGUUAGUAGGACAAAUGGUAGUUGCUUAGUUGAUUGUCUUCAACCUGCCUACGCACCUCCUUUUUCAGGAGGAGCAGAAGCAUAGUGUUUGCAGGUUGGUUAUCUUUACUAAAUGUAAAAAUAUUUUAGUAAUAAAGUAAUUUUAAUGUA